ACACGGACCCGGGGGCCUGCGGGGGCAGCUUCUAACUUUCUAACACACUUAACCUGGCAUACAGUAUAUGUGUGUGUGGCCAGUAAGAUCUUGGCCGAGCUGUCAAAACCCCGCCUAUGGAGAUCCACAAUUGGUCCGAAAAGCGUAAAAUCAGCAAUCAAGGGGGCUUGGCUCAUUAGCGAGGGGAUCAGAGCAGGAAGGACAUGUGAGAUAGUCACAGUUUUCCAGAGAUCACGACAAGAUCUCACCAUUCCCACUCCCAUCCUACACCAUGACCGGCUGAGCUCACACUUCAGCUCCAUAAGUCACACUUGCUCUUCUCUGUCCUUCACUUCAAGCAGCAGCAGCAGCAGCACAGAGGAGCCAGAGUGAGCGCCACAGGCCGGGGAAAGCUGAAUCCUGGGACUAAGGAGAAGUUUGUGUGCUGGGGUGGGGGGGGACCUAUGUACUGAGCUCUGUAGUGAGACUUCCUCUGGCACAUUGAAUAUCGGACAGGGCUCUAACUCGCUCUGGAAGCUCCUCUCUUCCCUGCUGGAUUUGUGUAUGCACCGAUGAGAGAUCCAGCUUUCCCGGGGGCUGCCAUGGCGUAUCACCCUUUCCACGCUCCCAGACCAGCCGAUUUCCCCAUGUCUGCUUUCCUGGCAGCCGCACAACCCUCUUUUUUCCCGGCUCUAACUCUGCCUCCGGCAGCUCUGGGCAAACCCCUAUCCGACCCCAGUCUGGCUGGAGCCGCCGAAGCCGGACUGCACCUUUCGGCCCUCGGGCAUCACCAUCAAGCGGCUCAUCUGCGCUCUCUCAAGAGCCUGGAGCCAGAGGAGGAGGUGGACGACGACCCCAAAGUGAAUCUAGAAGCUAAGGAACUGUGGGACCAGUUUCACAAAAUAGGCACGGAGAUGGUCAUCACCAAGUCUGGGAGGCGAAUGUUCCCCCCUUUUAAAGUAAGGGUGAGCGGCCUGGACAAGAAAGCCAAGUACAUUCUGUUAAUGGAUAUAGUGGCUGCGGAUGACUGUCGUUACAAAUUCCAUAAUUCCCGUUGGAUGGUAGCUGGCAAAGCUGACCCAGAGAUGCCCAAACGCAUGUAUAUCCACCCUGAUAGCCCUGCCACAGGAGAGCAAUGGAUGGCCAAACCCGUUGCUUUUCACAAGCUCAAGCUCACCAAUAACAUAUCAGACAAACAUGGCUUUACUAUUCUCAAUUCCAUGCAUAAGUAUCAGCCACGGUUUCAUAUAGUGAGAGCCAAUGAUAUCCUGAAACUUCCCUACAGCACUUUUAGGACAUAUGUAUUUCCAGAGACAGAUUUUAUAGCGGUGACUGCUUAUCAGAACGAUAAGAUCACUCAGCUUAAAAUUGAUCACAAUCCAUUUGCUAAAGGAUUUAGAGACACUGGGAAUGGAAGAAGAGAGAAAAGGAAACAACUGAGCCUGCCGUCGCUUCGGAUGUAUGAAGAGCAGUGCAAAGCAGACAGAGAUGGUGCAGAAUCAGAUGCCUCCUCCUGUGAUCCUGCCCCAGGCAGAGACUCUCUGCAUUCUCCCCUGAGUGCAGCACCCAGCCCUCUCCGGCUGCAUCGCACUAAUAGAGAAGAGAAGUUCGGGGCAGACAGUGACCAGGAGUUGGACAGGCGAGAGGUCAGAAGCGCCAGAGGUCACAGCCCAGUUGGCCACCGUAGCCCUCCUAGCAGCCCCAGGUUGGAAGACAGGGGCAAAGACAAGAGCACUCCAGAAAAGAAAUCCGACUCCCCAGAAAGUCGCAAGGACGGCGGCAGCGGCGGCGACAGUCUGUUCAACAGCAUUAGGAGCUUAGAGAAAGACAAGGUGGAGAGCAGGAGGAAAGAGGACUCUAAAAGUGACCCUGAGUGUGGGAGUUUAAGUAAAGAGACCUAUUCCCCUCUGAUGGUACAGACUGAAAGCCCACCUCAUCUGAGUGCUAGUCACUUGCAAAGCCUGGCUUUCUCAGGCCUCCACGGCCAGCAGUUUUUUAACCCCUUGAACGCCGGACAGCCUUUGUUCUUUCACCCGGGACAGUUUACAAUGGGCCCGGGAGCCUUCUCUGCCAUGGGCAUGGGACAUUUACUGGCCUCAAUGACAGGGGCAGGUGCUCUGGAUAACGGCAGCCUCUCCUCUGUGCAGGGGGCAUCGGGGGCAGCUACUCCUUUCCCAUUUCACCUUUCUCAGCACAUGCUGGCCUCUCAGGGAAUUCCAAUGCCCGCAUUUGGAGGACUGUUUCCUUAUCCCUACACGUACAUGGCAGCGGCUGCAGCUGCCGCAUCAGCAAUGCCAGCUACCAGCGCUGCGACCACUAUGCCAAGGAACCCUUUCCUCAGCAGUACAAGGCCCCGCCUCCGCUUUAAUCCCUACCAAAUCCCAGUGGGCAUUCCUCCCUGCUCUAACCUCCUGACCACUGGCAUGCCUGGCAGCAUCAACCCGGGAUCAGAGAGCUCCAAACCUGGCAGCAGCCGGGAGUCCAGUCCAAUCCCAGACACUCCUGGGCACAAGAGGUCCCACUCAAAAUCCCUCUCCCCAAAAGCCUCCAUGAAGGAUUCCAUAAAUGAGCUGCAGAGGAUCCAAAGACUUGUCAGUGGCUUGGAGAGACAGAGAGAAGUCUCCCCUGGCAGGGAGUCACCAAAGUGACUGGCACAUUUGCCCUUAACCUGAGCCAUAAGGGCUAAGAAGCACUGGGAUCUUGUACAGCACACUCUAUUUAUUGAGCAGGGGCAGCAAUUAAAGGAUAAUCUGGGACUAAUGCAACCACACACUGAAACCCCACCAAGUAAGAAGGCCUACAAAAGAGAUCUACAAAAUCAAACUUAUGUAUAUCUCUGCAGAAAUAUCCUCUCUGAAUUCUACACCUGCCACUGGGCCUGGACAGCAGCCUUUUUUUUUCUUAGCCAUGGUGAACUCAUCAUAAUAGUGCUAUUGUAAGGGCUCACCCCCUUUCCCCACACUUCAAGUGGCAUGGCCCAAGAAUGCAGAGACUCAAUACUUGAUGAUGGACAAAUAGGAGACAAGAAUUCCUCAGAUUUCUUAUUAAAGCAGGUCUGGGACCUGUUUGUUCAGAAUUGACUCUUGUUGGAAACACAAUGCAAAUAUGAAAUAUGUCUAAUCCCGUUGUGAAUACAAAAUAACUAAAAAGAAUAUAAAUAUAUAUAUAUAUAUUAUGUUGGAUGGUCAAAAAAGAUGCCAUCAUUAGCUGAAGCCACAUACAAAGCAUUCGUCAAAAACAAAAAAUCCGAAAGCUGGUGCAGCAGUAGAGUAUACCUGCUCAGGGGCCAGAAAUAUUUAUGGAAAAAUAGUCAUUUGUGUAAAUAAGCUAUAAAGAUCCCAAAAUAUGCAAAUUGUUAUUAAUUUAUUCAGAGUUGUACAUGAUGCUGUACAUAAUAUUUAGAGAAUAAUUCAUUGCAUUUCAUUUUCCUCAUAUCCCCCCCCCCAAUUUACAUGAUAUAUAUAUUGUAAAUGAAAACCUAUUAAGCAUUUUGUGAUUGAAGGACAUACGUAUGGUUUCUUUACUGUGUUUGUAGCUGCCUGUCCCUUCUGCACAGGACAAUCACGUGCCAUGCUUGCACUCUAGUGACAUUGGCAUCUUAUAAAAACUCCAAAACGAAAAAUCCCUUUCAUGGUGUCACACAAAGGGGGAACAAGGCAGGAAUAAACCUCAGGUUUUUCGUUUUUAUUUAAUUUUUUUUAUUUUUUUCCCCUUUUUCACUCGAGUUCAAUAAAAGUUUAAUGAUCACAAAAUUGUGUUAUAUUUGUUUAACAGAAUCCAUGAUUUUGAAGAAACGUGCUGGCUGCUCGGGUAUCUGUUCAUUUUAUUUCAGAUCUGUUUUUUAAGUCACACAUUACAAUAAAAUAUAAAAAAAUAUAAAUAUA